CACAUCCUCCCCCGCCGCCCCGGAGGCCGCCGCCGCGUCCCCGCCGUCCUCCAGCCCCACGGAUGGGUCUGCACAAGCGGAUCUUCCCUCGCAGGGGGGCCGGGACCUGUGAGGGGGUGGCCAGGCCCAGCCCCGUCGCCCCCCGGGCACCCCGGGCCCCGGAGAGGAAGAAGGGGAGCCCCCCCUCCCUGCUGCACAUGGAGCCGCUCGGCCGCGCCGCCCGGAGCGGGAGACCCGCCAAGCUCCGGUCCCUCUCCCGGUCCCUGCUCCUCUGCCACGCCAAGGCCGGGGACGAGGGCUCCAGCCCGGACGAGCGCGCGCCGGGCGGGGGCAGAGAGGGGCUCUUCCACUCGCCCGUGCAGCUGGCAGACACCACGGAGGCCGCGGCCCUUCCGGCGGCCGGGAGCGACCGGGGCAAGGCCUGCAGGAGGCUGUUCUUCAUGAAGGAAGCGUCCACCGCCUCCUCCCAGGAGAAGGCCGGGAAGCCGGAGGCGCAGAGCAGCAGCUUCGCGCUCCCCAAAGCCUGUCACCGGAGGACGCGCAGCAACUCGACCAGUGUCAACCCCUACUGCGCGGCAGACACGGAUCUCCCAGGGGCUGGGACCACGGCCGCCUCCACGGACCCCACGGACCGGCUGUCCUUCUCGCUCUGCAGCGGCAGGAAGGCGCUGUCCCAGCAGCUGGACGGCCCCGUGGGCAGGGCCGGGGGCGCGUGCAGGCCCACGCGGUCACUGAGCACAGCGCAGCUGGCGCCGCCCUCAGGGGGUGCCCAGGCGUCCGUCAUCUCCAGCGUGGUGCUGAUGAAGGGCCAGGCCAAGGGCCUGGGCUUCAGCAUAGUGGGGGGCAAAGACAGCAUUUACGGUCCCAUCGGCAUCUACGUCAAAACCAUCUUCGAGGGGGGAGCGGCGGCAGCCGACGGCCGGCUCCAGGAAGGCGACGAGAUUCUGGAGCUCAACGGUGAGUCCAUGGCCGGGCUGACACACCAGGACGCCCUGCAGAAGUUCAAGCACGCCAAGAAGGGGCUGCUCAGCCUCACGGUGCGCACCCGCCUGCCGGCGCCCCCCGCCCCGGGCAGCCGCCUGUCGCCCCCGCUGGGCCGCUCGCUGAGCUCCGGCACCUGCGCCCCCCGGGCCGGCAGCGCCUUCCUCCUGGACACCCCGGAGGCUCCCGCGGGCACCGCCAGGCCCAGCUACAGGGUGCUGGUGGAGGUCUCGCUGCAGAAAGAGGCCGGCGUGGGCCUGGGCAUCGGGCUGUGCAGCGUCCCCCACCUGCAGUGCCUGUCGGGCGUCUUCGUGCACACGCUGUCCCCCGGAUCCGUGGCGCACCUGGACGGCCGGCUCCGGUGUGGCGAUGAGAUCGUGGAGAUCAACGACGCCCCCGUGACUUGCAUGACGCUCAACGAUGUAUACGCCGUCCUGAGCCACUGCGAGCCGGGGCCCGUUCCCAUCCUGGUCAGCCGACACCCGGACCCACAGGUCUCCGAGCAGCAGCUCAAAGCCGCCGUGGCCCAGGCCGCCGAGGGCCUCCGGUUCGGGAAGGAGAGGCCCCAGUGGAAUCUGGAAGGCGCCAAGCGGCUGGAGAGCAGCUGGCACGGGCGGCCGGCGGAGCGGGAGCGCGGGAAGAGCUCGGCGCCCCCCCAGCGCCGCGCCCCGAAGGCCAUGGUGCGCUCCAGCAGCGACAGCAGCUGCAUGUCGGGGUCCCCCGGGGGCAGCCCCCGCCGCGGGGCCCCGCCGCCCUGGGACCUGGGGGGCAGCGCGGACAGCCCCCGGGGGUCCCCCCGGGAGAGCCCGCCCCUGGCCGAGGCGCGGGGGGGCCCCCCGCCCCUGCGGACGAAGAAGUCCCUGGAGAUCUUCGUGCGGAAGCCCGCGUCCUCCAAGCCCAAGCCUCCGCCCAGGAAAUACUUCAAGGGCGACGGCGACCGGCCGCCCAGCCGGACCCCGAGCCCCGAGCGCGCGGCCGCCCCCGCCCCGGAAGCCAGCCAGCUGCUGCCACCGCAGGAAGGCACGGCAGCCGGAGGCCCCCCUGCCCUCGCCUGCUGCCCGGGACCCGAGGGCGGCCUGCAGCCGGCGUCCCCCGAGGUGGCCGAGCCGGGGAGCGGAGGCGGCGGCCCAGUGACCGCGCGGCCCCCCGCGCUGCAGCGGCAGGCGCGCGUGGACGGCGGCCCCGAGGGCGCGGAGGACCCGUGGGUGCGCAUCUCCGGCUGCAUCCGGAGCCUGUUCAGCCCCGUCAUGAGCGAGAGCCACGGCCCCACCCUGCAGCCCGCCAGCCUCGCCCAGGCCGGGGCGCCGGGCCCCGCGGAGGGGGCCCCCCGGAGGCUGGACGCCGGCAACGGGGCCCCCAAAGGGCACACGCCCGCCGACGGCGGCGCCGGGAAGAAGGGGCCCCCCGUGGCCCCCAAGCCGGCCUGGUUCCGCCAGAGCCUGAAGGGGCUGCGGCCUCGCGGCCCGGACCCCCGGGGCCCGCCCCCAGGGCCCCCCGGGCCGCCCGCCCGGGCCUCGGGCUCCCUCCGCCAGAAAAUCAGCUGCUUUGAGAACUUCGGCUGCUCCCCGCUGCCCCCCAAAGCGGCCCUGAGGCCCAGCCUGCAGCCCCCCCGCUCCGGGGCCGAGGCCUCGGAGCCUCCCGGGGGGCAGGAAGGCCGGGGUCCUGGCCUCUGGGGGCGAGGGGCGCCCCCCACCGCGGAGCUGCCGCCCCCUGGUCCCCGCGCGGCCGCGGAGGCCGGCGACGGGGGCGCGCCCGGGACCCCGCCCCCGGGGCCGCCGCCCACAGAGAGCGCCCCCUCCCCGGACCCCCUGCCCAGGCUGCUGCCCGCGCCGACGGCGGGGGCCCCGGGCUCGGUGCUCAGGGCGCCCGGCCAGCGGGCCCGCAGCUUCCCGCUGACCCGCACGCGGUCCCUGGACGUGCCGCCGGCGGACGGGGCCUGCCCGCUCUACGCGCUCAGCAGCCGCGUGUCCUCGGCCGUCAUGCGCUCCCUGCUGUGCCUCCCGGCCUCCGCCCCCGGCAGCCCCCGGGACCGGGUGUCCGCAGCGACCUCUCCCGGCCCGGACCCGGCCGCCAGCAGCACCGACUCGGGGUUCUCCCUCAACCUCUCGGAGCUGAGGGAGUACACGGAGGGCCUCGGGGAGCCCGCGGAGGCCGAGGCCUGCACCCCCGCGCCCGGCCCGUCGGUCCUGUCCCUGCUCAGCGCGGAGGAGCUGAGGAGGUUCAUCGAGGAGGUGAAGGAGCUGGACGCGGCCACGCUGAAGCAGCUGGAGAGCAUCCACGUCACCAUCCUGCACAAGGAGGAGGGCGCCGGCCUGGGCUUCAGCCUGGCGGGGGGCGCGGACCUGGAGAGCAGGGAGGUCACGGUCCACAGGGUGUUCCCCAGCGGGCUGGCCGCCCAGGAGGGGACCAUCCAGAAGGGCGACGAGGUGCUGUCCAUCAACGGCAAGUCCCUCAAAGGCGCCACGCACAGCGACGCGCUGGCCAUCCUGCGCCAGGCGCGGGACCCCCGGCAGGCCGUGGUGGUCACCCGGCGGCCCGCACCCACGCCGGAGGCCGCGCCCGCCCUGCGCUCCUCCCCGGAGGCUCCCGCCCCGGCCACCGCGGCCGGUGACGUCCCCGCGGACCCCGCAACGGAGGACGCGGUCGCCAUGGUGACGCUGACGCUGACGCUGGAGAAGACGCCGGCGGGGCUGGGCUUCAGCCUGGAAGGCGGGCGGGGCUCGCUGCAGGGGGACAGGCCCCUCACCGUCAACCGGGUUUUCUCAGGGGCGGCCUCGGGACCGGAGAGCGUGCAGCCCGGGGACGAGGUGCUGCAGCUGGCGGGCGCGGCCGCGCAGGGCCUCACGCGCUUUGAGGCCUGGAGCCUCAUCAAGGCCCUGCCCGACGGGCCGGUCCCGGUCCUCGUCCGGAGGAAGAGCCCGCGGCCCCAGGGGACCCCAAGCCCUGGGGCCCCGUAGGCCGCCGCGUGGACGCCGGAGCCGCAGCACACGAUUCUCAGGGUCACUCAGGGUCACUCAGGGUCGCCCAGGGCUCGGCCUCGGCCGGGGGCUCGCACCUGCAGGGACGGCCCAGCAGGAGGCGCCCGAAGGCGAGGCCGCGGCGCGCGGG